GUAGAUAUAGAGGGUCGAACAAGCAAAUCAUAAAUUGAUAAAAAUAUUAUCGACUUUGCAAUAAAUACAAAAAUAAUAUAAAUAGGUCAAGAGUUGCGUAUUUUCAGUUUACUUGGAACUGUUUCACCAGUGAUCCUCAAGAUGGCGUACUUCGGCAAGGAAUUCAAAUUCGAGAAGGAAGAGAACUAUGAAGAAUUCAUCAAGUCAAUUUCUGCCGCUGACGAAACCGCCGCAAUGUUUUUGACCUUCAAGCCCAACUACAAGAUUGACAAGAAAGGCGACGAGUACGUCAUGACCCUCACCAACGGAGACUUCAAAAAGGAGAUCAACUUCAAGCCUGGUGUGGCCUUCGAGGAGGACAUGAGCACUGGACUUAAGGUAAGAUAAUACUUAACUUUAAUU